AUGGAGUCAACAGCUUUGAAUGGAAGAAUAGCCCGAUGGGAAAUUCUGCUUUUCAAAUUUGACAUAGUCUAUGUAAACCAGAAGACCGUAAAAGGGAGUGCGAUAGCAGAUUUUUUGGCCAAUAGAGCUCUAGAGGAUUACAAGCCUUUGAAUUUUGAUUUCUCAAAUGAAGAUCUGAUGUAUAUUGCAGUCACUGAAGAAGGUUCUCAAGAAGGCCACCCUAGGAAACUAAAUUUCUACAGAACCUCAAAUGCUGUGGAGGAAUAUGAGGAUUCUGCACUAGUAAUCUAUCAGCUCAAAGGCGAAUGGGAGACAAGAGACCCCAAAUUGAUCAAUUAUCGAAAGAUAGUUUUGGAGUUAAUGGAGAAGUUUGAUAACAUCACUUUCUGCUACCUCCCGCGAGAUGAAAACCAGAUAGCUGAAGCCUUGGCUACCUUAGCUUCUAUGAUUAGAGUAAAUAAGUAA